AUGGCGUCAACGCAGGACGCUUGGUAUAUUUCUUUACUUGGUUUAGCGGAACAUUUUCGUACAUCUAAUCCUCCUGACAUAAAAAGUUGUAUUCAGUGUUUGCAAGCAGUAUUUAAUUUCAAGCCGCCACAAAGAGUAGAAGCAAGAACACAUUUACAACUUGGGAAUAUCCUUUUGACACACACCAAAAACAUCGACUUGGCGAGAACUCAUUUGGAGCAGAGUUGGUGUUUAUCUCAGAGUAUCAAUGGAUUUGACGAUGUUAAAUUCGAAGCAGCUAGUGUACUUGCGGAUUUAUUUGAACAACAGGGACAACCAACACAUUCGAAGCCAAUAUUACGAAAAGCAAUUGAACUGUCUCAGCACAGUGUUUACUGGCAUUGCAGACUGAUAUUCCAACUAGCACAAAUCCAUGCAACAGAAAAGGAAUAUGAAGUAGCUAGUAGUCUACUAGGUGUAGGAGUGGACUAUGCCCAAAUUUCUAAUGCAGCAUACACCAGGGUGCUUUUCCUACUAAGUAGGGUUAUGUUAUUGCUAAUAGAUAAAAAGAUACAAGAAGUGUUACCGUUGCUGAACCAAGCUGGACACCUCGUUGAGUCAUGGGUUGGAAGUCCACACCAGAAGGAGUACUUAAAAGUGUUCUUUCUUGUUUUACAAGUGUGUCACUAUUUAAUGGCUGGACAGGUGAAGAGUGUAAAACCAUGCCUUAAACAACUGCAGCAAAGUAUUCAGACCAUCAUGGCUCCAACAUGGCCGGAUGAUGAUACCGUGUGCGGUGGGAGCGUAGGUGGGGGAGAGUCGUUCAUUUGGUUAUCGCGGCAACAGCUUUACGUGUUGGUGUAUCUGGUGACUGUGAUGCACUCUGCGCAGGCCGGCUACAUGGAUAAGGCGCACAAGUAUACAGAAAAGGCGCUAGCGCAGAUCGAUAAACUGACUUCUAGUGAAGAUGGUGGGACGGUGGUCUGCGCAAGCGGUCUAUCUGCGGGUCGGGCGGGACGAGGCGGCGCGGCGCUAGCGUGGCGCUUGCGAAUGGCGCUAGUGGAGCACGCGGCGCUGUGCCGGCUGGUGGCUGGCGGCAAAGCGCAUGCGCUCCACGAGAUCGCGAAAGCCGCUCAUCUGCUAAGACAUCCUCCCGACGCCCAGUGCGCAGCGGCGCAUACCCCUCAGCUGCACUGCCUGCUGGGCCUGUACGCCAUGUCCAUGAAUUGCAUGGAGGCUGCCGAGGCACAGUUCCACACAGCUAUACACAUGUCACAAGAGAGAGAUCUAUGGAUGUUCGCAAAACUGAAUCUAGCAAUUGUAUAUUUAAGAGGACGAAGAGAUAACGACUUAGCUCAAAUUAUGGAACAGGUAAGGCCAGAAGCGUUACCUGCGUAUGCGCAUGGUCUCCGCGCUGCCUCGUACUACGUGCUUGGUCUACAGGCGUUCUUCCAGGCGAGAUAUAAUGAAGCAAAGCGAUAUUUACGUGAAACGUUAAAAAUGGCGAACGCGGAGGACCUGAAUCGUUUGACGUCCUGCUCUCUCGUGUUGCUCGGGCAUAUUUUCCUCUCCAUCAACAAUUCUAGGGAGAGCAUGAACAUGGUCACGCCGGCUAUGCAGCUCGCUAGCAAGAUACCAGAUGUGCACGUGCAAUUAUGGGCCUCUGCUAUACUUAAAGAUCUAUACCGACUAGCGGGGGAUACGGAACGAGAAAACGAAGCAUACCAGAUGCACUGCAACUUCUCACAGGCUCUGUUAAAGGACCACUUCCAAGCGACGCAGCUGCCGCAACACGCGCUGGUGCACUGGACGAGCGGGGCGCCGCCCGCCCUACCACCUGCUGGCAAUACGCCCAGCGUCAGCCACACGUAG